ACCUUUUUUUUUGGUUUUUCUCAAAUGGAGAAUACUUUUUAGGGUUUUUUGAAAUGCCUUCUUUGUUUAGAGUGUAUGAAUACUCCUCUAUCAGCGGUAAAAAGAAAUAGUUCAUUUGAUCCAAUGAUGGCGAUUCAAAUUUUUCUUCGGUAAAACCCACUCUUGGGCCACUCUGUAUUUGAAAUUUUUUGCAAGUAAAAAGAAUACUAAUCAAGUAGUUUAACGAAGAUGGGUACAUGAUAAGUACUUAUCUAGUAAUCUGUCGAUUAUUCUACGUAACACGACCGAAAACGUAAUUCUAACACUUUUUUUUCUUCUCUUUAUAUCUUAGAUAUUCAACACUACUUUUAGAAAAAUUUGUUUUUGAAUAACGUGUAUUUCCGAUUUGUUGAUAUAUCUCCAUAAUCAAGACUUUCAGAUACUCUUGUCUCAUGUUCAUAAACAUACUUCUUAUUAUCAAAUGAGACAGUAGCAAGCUGCUGGCGUUCUUCUGUUCGAAAGAUAUAAAGAAAAGAAAAAAAAGUGUUAGAAUUACGUUUUCGGCCUUGUUACAUAGAAUGAUCGACAAAUCCCUUGUCAAGUACUUGUAUACAAAUAUUCAAAGUUCUUUCAAAUGUCUAAUUGGUAUUGAAUCUAGAGACAAUCAGUAAGGGCUUAAACAAGUAUUUUUGAAAAUUUGCGAGGAACUAAGUACGCGAUCUCAACUAUUAUCCCUAGCAAGCUCUCGAAUAAUCGUUUGAGAUCAAUUUGUUUUAAAAUUCUUUUUUGUUGUAGAUUGGCACAUCGGCUGUAGUCUAUCCAGCUGCGGGCUACGCAGUGAAACAAUCUGCACGAGGUGUGCCAGUUGUCGAAGUGAAUAUUGAAGAAACGCCUUCAACUGGAGUAUCCACAUUUCACUUUAAAGGUCCUGCCGGUGAAUUAGUGCCAAAAAUGCUGCUACUGUAA